AAUUGAAAUCUAGCAUCAGCAAAGUGAAGGUAAAGGAUCAACAAUAAAUACCUUUCAAGCAAAUGCUGCCCAAUGACAGAGCAAUAUUUUCUAUUUGCUUAGUACCAAAACAAAAGAAAAAACAUCAGUGUUGAUACAGCUUACAGAUAACGUACUGUCUUUGCAUGCUGAGAAUUAUCAUUGGCUUAUUUCUUACAUCAAGGACUAUCUGUUCUAACAGGGCUGUUAACAAGAAAUUACUUAGAUCUUUGAAGAAGAAAAUUUCUCUGACAUCCCCAAAAACAAUUCAAAAAAUGUCAACGUUUCCUUUUCAAGCACUGUUUACCACCAGUAUGAAAAACUAUGUCACAGAUACUAUUCAAUACAUGGAAGUGAUUGAAGAAUAUCUCUUGGGGUUUCCUUUAUGGUGGCAAAAGAAAAUAACUGAACUUACAGAAAUUGAAAACAUUACCAAAAAAUACGCAUCCUUAAAGAAAAAGAAAAUUGUAUUGGAUCGGUCCAGCCAAGAGCGAGAGUUGAAAGCUAGUCUAAGUGAAAUUUUCCUCAAAACUGAGACAAGCUACUUAGGAAUAAGAAAAGUGUUUGAUGCCAUUGAGAAGCUGGCACUCACUUCGCUGGCUGUGUUCUCAGAUAAAAACUCCUUUUUAGAGUAUCCUCCAGGAGUGAAUUCUGAGAAGGUAUACCUUUUUGUGAACAAGGCCAAAGAAGUGGCCCCCUUCUUGGUGAACUUCCUUCGUGACCCUAAAGAUUUAUUUAAAGAUGGACUUGAAAAUGUUGAACAUUUAGAUUAUCAACAGAAACUUUAUUGCCAAUCUCUGUAUAAAUUGUACUAUAACUUAAAGUCUGCAGUUUGAAAAACCAUGCUUUUAAGUGCCUACUCUUGUUCAUUAAGGUUAAAGAAUACUUUUUUUUCUCUUUGCAUUGAUUAUCACAUGGUUGAAAUAAUGAAAUAAAUAUUACCUGAACUAC